GAGACAUUAUUGUUGAAUCUGUGACUGGGUAUCAUGACCGAAGCAUUGGUUAAAUGGGCAGUGCCCCAAAUCUCACGUCUUUUGCCUUUGGAUGAAGAUUCACUCAAGCAAAUCAUCACAUAUCACGACACACUACCCAGAGAUGUAGCGGCAGAACAACUUGGAGGCUUGUUGGGUGACUCGCCGCAAGCUCUGGAGUUCAUUGCUUCAUUUAAUUCGCGUCGUCAAACACCGCCUUCAGAAGCUCGUCCUGCGGCUGCGGCUCCCUCGACUCAGGAUGAAGGUGUACCAAAGAGACAGCCAAAGCAGCCAAAGAAGAAGGCGAACAUCCACAACCUACCAGCGCGGCAGGUUCAAGAUCUCGGAGGUGCUUCUGGCGCAUACAGAAAGCAGGAUGAGGGUGUUUACAUGGCUGGAUCAUCGAGAGGCAAGAAGCCUCAAUCAUCUCUGUCAACCACUCUGGCUUUGCAGGAGGCACCUGAUGCUAGACAACUUCCUCUCCGUACUGCUGGAGGCAUAUCUCGUGGACCUCGGGCUCCACCUUCGGCAUCUGGGCCUUUGAUUUCUGAUGUCCUUCCUCCACCAUCGCAAUCAUCUACUCCUCGUACUGCAUCACCCGCACCGACCAAGACGAAGGUCAACAUUACUGGAGGUACCAAUAUGCAUGGAGCUGGAAAGACUUUGUCAGAUCUAGAUUCUGCUAUUCGAGCUCUGGAGCUGCAGACCAACCCCACCUUGGCUUCAAACUCACAAUCAGCAGCUGAUCUCGCAAAGCGAAGGUGUAAUUGCAUGGCUACACGCCACCCGCUCUUGACCAUCGCACCAAACUGUCUUAAUUGUGGAAAGAUCGUCUGUGUUAAGGAGGGUCUCGGACCAUGCACUUUCUGUGAAACUCCCCUCCUCUCAUCCACAGAAAUCACAAGUAUGGUGCGUGUGCUCAAAGAUGAGCGCGGCAAAGAGCGUCAAGCAACCAACAAUGCAACUCACAAGCGCGCCGAGGUCAGCCAAAAGCCUCGCGCGUUUACCGGUCGCGAUUUCCUUUCCUCCUCAGCAGCAGCAUCCACAGCAGCAUCUCCACUCUCCUCUGCAGCACCCUCCGAAGACGAAGGCGAUUCGGCAGUCAGCAAGGCCAAAGAGCACAGAGACAAACUUCUCGCUUUCCAAGCCAACAACGCGAGACGUACACGUGUAUACGACGAGGCUGCAGACUUUGACGUCCCCACCUCUGGCACAAAUAUGUGGGCAUCCCCAACCGAACGUGCUGCAGAACUCAAACGCCAGCAAAAAGUCAUGCGUGAGAUGGAGUGGAACGCAAGACCUGAGUACGAAAAGCGUCGCAUGGUCGCCAGUAUCGAUGUCGUAGGCGGCAAACUCGUCAAGCGCAUGGCUAAAGUCGAUAGACCUGCUAGCGAUGCUGAGGAAGAGGCAGAGGAGGAAGAUACGACACCAGUGCAACGGGACGAUAAUGCUGGGUCGGGGGCUUUCAGCAAUAAUCCUUUGCUGGGUGCGCUGAUUAGACCGACUGCUAGAGCUGAUAAAGGGAAAGCCAAGGGGCAGGAAGGAAGUGAGGAUAGGAAAAGUACUUGGAGGAGAGUACAAGACGAUAAUGAUGACAAUGAGCAGUGGAUCUUGGAUGGUGGUGCGUAUGGCGGCAGGGUCGAAGGUAGGAUAUUAGGUGCCGAAGAACAUGCUGUUGGCUCAUAGUCUAGACACACAUCUACCGAAUAUUUCGAACGACCAC